ACUACAGCUCCUCGGCUGGCAGCGUGGGUGGCGGCCUCAGGGGAAGAGGGAACCGCCUCGGCCCCGGGCAAGAGCCGCGCUCCCGGACCGCGGGCAUGUCCAUUGCCGCCUUCCUGGGGUAGCAGCGUAGGCGGGCGCCUCCUCCGCGCUCGCUCCCCUGCCCCCGCACCGGCCAUGCGCCCGGCCUUCGCGGUGGGCCUGGUAUUCGCAGGCUGCUGCAGUAACGUGAUCUUCCUAGAGCUGCUGGCCCGGAAGCAUCCAGGAUGUGGGAACAUCGUGACAUUUGCACAGUUCUUAUUUAUUGCUGUGGAAGGCUUCCUCUUUGAAGCUGACUUGGGAAGGAAGCCGCCAGCUAUCCCAAUAAGGUACUAUGCCGUGAUGGUAACCAUGUUCUUUACUGUCAGCGUGGUGAACAACUAUGCCCUGAAUCUCAACAUUGCCAUGCCCUUGCACAUGAUAUUUAGAUCUGGCUCCCUCAUUGCCAACAUGAUUCUGGGAAUUAUCAUUUUAAAGAAAAGAUACAGUAUUUUCAAGUAUACCUCCAUUGCCCUGGUGUCUGCAGGGAUUUUUAUUUGCACUUUCAUGUCAGCAAAGCAGGUGACUUCCCAGUCCAGCGUGGGUGAAAAUGAUGGAUUCCAGGCCUUUGCAUGGUGGUUACUAGGCAUCGGGGCACUGACUUUUGCUCUUCUGAUGUCAGCAAGGAUGGGUAUAUUCCAAGAGACUCUCUACAAACAAUUUGGGAAGCACUCCAAGGAGGCCUUAUUUUAUAACCACGCCCUUCCACUUCCUGGUUUCAUCUUCUUGGCCUCUGAUAUUUAUGACCAUGCAGUUCUAUUCAAUAAGUCUGAACUCUAUCAAGUUCCAGUUGUCGGUGUGACAGUGCCCAUCAUGUGGUUCUACCUCCUCAUGAAUGUUAUCACUCAGUACGUGUGCAUCCGGGGCGUGUUCAUCCUCACAACAGAGUGUGCCUCCCUCACCGUCACGCUUGUUGUGACUCUACGCAAGUUCGUGAGCCUCAUCUUUUCCAUCCUGUACUUCCAGAACCCUUUCACUCUGUGGCACUGGCUGGGCACCUUGUUUGUCUUCAUUGGGACCUUAAUGUACACAGAGGUGUGGAACAACCUAGGAACCACAAAAAGUCAGCAGCAGAAGGCCGACAAGAAGAACUGACAUCUGCCUGGAAGAUGACUAGUGUUGUGUGCAGGAGGCCUCCGCCCUUUUGCUUUGGUUAACACUGAUGUUAACCCAGGAUGGAACCAGACAUACCCCAGGGAUUACUGAGAAGGAGGGGACGUUUUCCGUUUCUCAUGGCCAUCCAAACAAAGUUUGUAGACUCUGAAUAGACAUCCCUUAACCCUAAAAAUAGGAAAAAGAGUAGUUCUGUAUUAUCACACAGAUCAUUCGUUAUUUGUUUACCAGGAUAUUCAGAACUGUGCUUGUUUGUUAAAUUCCAAGUCCCUAGAGCUGUGAGUCUUGUAUCUGUGAUCUCAGACAAGAUCAUGCCUUUGUUACUGUUCUGACAUUCUCUGCCAUAAUAAUCAUUUGUUAUCCCGUCCCCUUUUUCUCCUGCCCACCCCCCCCUCAUUCUUCAGCAGCACUUUGCAGUCUGUCAGGUACUCCAGGCACCAUCUUCCACUGAACAACUGAGUGGCCCAGCAAACUCUGAGCCCUGGUGACACUGGAGCGUACUGGCAGACCCCCUUUACUACAUUUUGCUUUUUUCCCCCAUAUGUAAACACUUGUUGCAGCCCGACAGCAUCUCACAGCAUGAUGUCUAUUUCUCUCAGUGCAAAUACCUCUGCUGGUCUUAUUAUUAUAGGAUAUUUACGGACAGAUACCAGGUCAGAGCACAACAAAAUGAGUGCUCAGAAAGCUGAAGGCCUGCACUGUGUGAGCUAGGUUUUCUCUCUGGCGGUUGGAUAUAAGGAAAUAGAUAAAACAGCUACCAGUUAAUACUCUUUAAAAAUAAUUUAUUACCCUUAGUUAACUGAUUUUUCAAUCCAGGUUGAAACUUUUUUUCAACAUUUAUUAAAAGGGCGAAUAAACCAUUUUAUAGAACAUUAGACUCAUUUACAGCAGGAGACAUCUCUCAAAUGCCUUUCUCAUUGUCUGUGAGGACUAUAUAAUUUGUGCUUCAGAGAAACAUAGUUUGUUUAUAAAAAUAAUUUAGUGUUUAAGAUAUCCACAACUCUACCCCAAAGCACAAAUCAAAUAGCAAAGGACACUAGCCAGACCGUGUAAGGUGUGGCGCCUGCGUGCUCCUAUAGCAGCUUGCCUGGUAUAAUAGAUGAGUAACAGGAGACGUGGUCUUGGGAUUAUAUUAAUACCUGCAUAUAUCCUUUACCAAGAUUCUGUUACUAUAAAUGCUGUCUUUUUUCAUUGUUUUGUAAUUUAUUUUUUUAUCCUUGGAUCAAACCCAGGCCUUAUCCAUAUUUUUUACUUUAUUUUUCAUCCAACUAAACCAUUAAUACACUUGAUGAGUUUAUGUCGGUUCUAAUGUGUUCAGACACAAUCCCAGCAGUCAAUGCUUUCUUGUUUUUGUUUUUGUUUUCCUUUUCCCUUCUUCCUACCCAGUUGACUAAAAUGAAAUGCUGCAGUACUUUAAUUUGGUCAGUGCUAGAAGUGAGGAAAGCAAGGACGGCUGAGCUGAUCCAUGCCACCUGUAAGCCACCUCUUGUAGGAAGAUGAUGUGGUAUUUUUACAGGAUUCUAAUAAAUGUCUUGUGGUCAUUUGCUGAGCACGUUCUUCUCAUUUUUUUUUUCAUUCACUUUCUACUUUCCAGUUUCUUCACUGAAGCCCCUUUCACAUGUGUUUUCUACUGAGCAAUACCUAUAACUGCAUAUCUAUUUAUGCCUCUAUUUUGGGAGGCCUCUGAGUGUUUUUGUAGAUUUUUACAGGGUAUUUCUACCUGGGUAGCGUGUAUUUUGUUAUGCAUUCUUAUUGUUUUUAAGGAAAGGCAUCUGUACAGGUGAGAAGCUGGCAAAAUAUAUGACUGUAGAUAAGUACAAACUUGAAGGUUAGUGUGGAAAUGUUUGCAUGCUCAGAAUGGGGCUGAGAUCUUGACCCGCAGACAGAGGGCUGUCUUUGGAAAACAAUAGUUUUAUUUGGCUCUUUUUACCCUAAACUUUGGCUGGCCUCACUCAACAAGGUCAGAAUUGUGGAGAGGAGAAGUGAAAACUAUUUGACUAGGAAUAACCCUCAACCAGUGAAUUGGCUUUGGAUGUGGGCCUGUUCGCCAGUGGUCCAGUUGGCAUUGACCUGAACAAAUACAUAAAUACACAUGGAGAAGAAUCACAUUAUGGACAUCCAAAAGCAAGAUCCUGAAUUUGUUGUAUUUUGUGUAUCUUUGGCUUGGAGCGAAAGAAUUAUGAGAAUUUGCCAUUAUUAGAUAAUCAAAGCAUUUUGGUAUCAGUGGCUUUCUGCUGAAAAAUGUGACUGACUCUUAUUGAAGGCAUUUCACUGUUAGACCGAGAGAACUGUCAGUAUAGAUAAAAUGCAUUCUGUAUUACUCUUGAUUGGAGUGAUAUUUGAAAAUUAGUAUAAGCAGUAUUUGUAACCACAGGAACUAGUCAUAAGCCUUAGAGUAUGUUAGAUAUGUCCUUAGAAUAUGUUGGAUAUGUCCUUAGAAUAUGUUGGAUAUGUCCAGAGCUGGGACAGGAGCAUGGGCUUCUCAGCCUUGUUGUGUGUUCUUUCUUUCCAGGAUCUUCCUCACUGUAGACAUUCCAGGGCUGGGAGAGGCCUGUGAUCUGAUUCAUUCCUGUAUUGCCAGCCCCUGGCAUAGGGUCUGACUUGUAUUAUAUUCAUUCAUUCAAUGAAGGCUUGUCGAGAUCUCUUCCUCAAGUUUUGAGAAAUGGUUCCUGACACUUGCUCCACUCUUCAGCUAGUUGGGAAGUAAGACAGUAAGGGAAAACAUUCCAGAGGUUUGAGCAGAAGAAAGGAAGGAGGGAUGUUGGGAGAUUAUAUAGCAUAUAGCCUGCUACCCAGCCUUUUGCUCUCUUGAAUGCCUGGUGGUAAGAGGGAGAACAAUAUAUAUCUAGCACCUUACAUAUCUGGUGCUCAGGAAGAAAGUAAGAAGAUACCUAGCAGAGCAGUAAAGGUUUCUGAGGUUUUGAAUGGUUGCCUUGGGUAACCAGCUCCGCCCUCAUGUCACCUCCCCUGGUGCAGUGUGUAUUAGCUGCCGCUAGUAGAGCAUCUUUAUCUGUCUAUUCUUGGUGUCAUGCUGAGACUUUUCCUGCUUAAACCACUACCCAAAGGCAGGCUUCAAGGGAACCAAAGACAGGAGCAAAAAGAAAGUUUGGCCUGCCUUAAAAGAAACGAGGCCCAGAAUUAAGAAGAGUCAUAAUGAUUCCUUUGACACACAGAAUUAUUUAUAUCUUUUAAGAUACAGUGAAGAUCCUGUGAACCAAAGAGGGUGGCAGCAGUUAUACCCCUGCAUCCUAAAAAAAAAAAAAAAAAAAAAAUCUUUGUCACAUUCACAAGUCAUGUCAUUGCUGUGCUAGUUGCUUUCCUUCCGGAGGAUGGCCUCAUCCUCCAAAGAGGAUGAUUAGACCUACACUUUUCCUUAUAAACUACAGGGUGGGGAGGGGCAGCAAAGAUUUUCUGUGUUCAGCCUCUGAGCCCUUCAUCGAUGUUACAUCUUCAGAACAAAGAUCGGGGUUGGGGGUGGCAGCUGAGUUUGUACAGCAGCCAAAAGACAUUAGUGCGUAUUCAGACUUGGAGCUGUGUAAAUAGCAAACGUCGCUCCCAGCCUUGCCAGCUAUUUGAACAGAGAGCUACGGAGGAAAGGGAAAGUUUGUGAAUAAAAUGUUUUGCCAAACUGAA